UCAAGAUGGCCAGACCCGUUAGUGAAAAGUCUAACCCGCUAUAUCAAAGAAUGGCGGGAGAAACUUUUUGUUGUGUAUGCUCAAAAGAAGUAGAGUAUCCAGCUCAACUGCUAGCAACCGGAUGUAAUCACUAUUUCCAUCAUGUGUGCUUCAGUACUGCGACUGGAAAUAGUAAAGUGUGUCCAAUUUGUAAGACUGCUUUAAGCAAAUCAACUUUGAGUCUGGCAGAAGAACUAAGUGCAGCUCAGAGUUCAGGCAUACAAACACGAUCAAAGUCCAAGAGCAGGACAGUAGCGCAAGAUCUGUUAGUCGCAGGUUCUAGCAAUAGUAUACAGACAGGUAUACCAGAACCAGUACAGCAGAGUUGUAAUGAUAAUCCAGCAUUGGUUGCCGGGCCAGCACCAGUUGUGCAACCAAUGUUUAGCUUGCAGCAAAGUAUUGCUGAGGCGGUGGCAGCCGCUCUGACGCAGCAGACGCAUGUGUUGUCGAAAGCGAUCGAAGAUGGCUUCCACAGGAUGUCAUUUAAUUCAGUGGCUCAAGGUGGAAAUGAUCAAGUUCACUCUGCUCCUAGGCAAUCGUCUCCAGCCAGGCAACAGCAGCAUCAAUCAUUUGAGCAGCUGUUUGGAAUCUCUAACAGAGAUGGGGUGGAUAGACGAAAUCCAGUGCCCGAGAUGGUGGCGCCGCAGGCAGAGUUUCGAGAGAUGCACAACUUACGGCCUGAUAGAAUUAGUCAGACCAUUUAUAACUGGAAGGUACGCUUUUCUGGUCAUUCGUCCAUGACUGUAGAGGAUUUUCUUUAUCGCGUCGAAGCGCUAACAAAUCAGACACUAGGUGGUGAUUUUGAAAUGCUAGCUCGGUAUGCAAGCAAUCUUUUUGAAGGUAGUGCAAGCGAGUGGUUUUGGAGGUAUCACCGUAGUGUAACGCGUGUGCGGUGGAUUGAUUUGAGUAUAGCGCUCAGAGCGCAGUUUUCAGACGGACGAACGGACCUGGAAAUUAGAACUGCUAUCUCACAUCGCAAACAAAAGCCGAAUGAAACAUUUGACAAUUUUUAUGAGGCGAUUGUUAAUCUGGCUGAUAGGCUCGAACAGCCCAUGUCUGAACAGUCAUUGUUAGAGGUGCUGCGAGCCAAUCUUUUAAUCGAAGUCCAGCACGAGUUAUUGUAUGUCCCAAUCAAUAAUGUAGUGCAAUUGCGGCAAUUCGUACGGAAGCGAGAGAGAUUUUUGCUAAGUACGACUAGAUCAAUACCAGCUACACGACGUUUUGGUCCACGCCCGCAGAUUAAUGAAGUCUCAGUGCAAGCGGAAUUGGCUACUGGCUCUGACAGGGAAGAGGAUGAAUCAUUUGCUGUUGAGGCGGUGAUUAUAUCCUGCUGGAAUUGUCGAAAGCCAGGUCACCACUACCAAGACUGCAAAGCCGAGCGCACUGUGUUUUGCUAUGGGUGUGGUGAUGCUGAUACGUACAGGCCAUCUUGCAGAAAAUGUAUAAGUUCUGCGUCAAAAAACGGGUGGUCUCGUGCACCAUUGACAGGUGCACGCAAACUAAUAUCGAAAGCGACCAAUACGGAGUAGUUGAUCGUGUAACGACUCCUGAAAAUAUCCCGGACUUUCUCCACAUCCCAGCGAUUCCCUUACACAAACGUGAGCAGCAGACUUUGUCGAAAGUUCACGAACAUGUAAAAGCACGGUCACGCGACCAAAAACGUAAAAAGACCUUCAUUAAGUUAAAUAAAGAUACUCGCAGAGCACUAUUGGCAUCUGUGGUAAAUAGUUGUAAGGAUUUGCGGCCAUAUGCUGAUGUCAUCAUAUUUGACAGAACCAUGAGUGGUUUGAUGGACACUGGUGCCUCCAUAAGCUGCAUUGGUGGCAGAUUUGCGCAAGAAUUGGCAGAAACGCACAUUGGUUUUAAACCGAUACGUGCAGCUGUACGAACUGCAGAUGGCCAAAGCCAAAAUAUAGUAGGUCGAAUUAACACGUCUAUCUGUUUUCGUGGUGAAUCCAAGAGAAUAUGGGUGUAUAUCGUACCGUCAUUAACUCAAGAGUUAUAUUUAGGCAUCGAUUUUUGGCGAAGUUUUAAUCUCUUGCCAUUGUUUUUAAUGAAUAAAGCAAGUGCACACAGGUUAGCAGCGUUAAAUUUCGAUGACCCAUUACAAAUACCUUUGACUGAUUUGCAGCAAAAGGAAUUAGUAUCCACUAUUAAGGUAUUUCCGUCAUUUGCUGAAAAAGGUUUAGGCAAGACGAACUGGCUUAUGCACGACAUAGAGGUGACCGAGUCGAAACCAAUUAAACAACGCCAUUAUGCAGUGUCACCGGCCAUCGAAAAACUAAUGUAUGAUGAGCUUGACAGAAUGUUAGCACUUGGUGUGAUUGAGGAAUCCGAAAGUCCUUGGUCCUCUCCAGUUGUUAUUGUACGCAAGCCAGGCAAGGUUCGCCUUUGUUUAGAUAGUCGCAAGGUGAAUGACAUAACAGUCAAAAAUGCGUAUCCCAUGCCUCUCAUUGACGGCAUCUUGAGUAGGUUGCCAAAGGCGAAAUUUAUCUCAAGUAUCGACUUGAAGGAUGCGUAUUGGCAGAUUCCGCUAACUCCAAGAGCGCGCGAGAAAACCGCAUUUACAGUGCCGGGAAGACCACUGUAUCAUUUUACGGUUAUGCCGUUUGGGCUAUCCAAUGCUCCACAGACGAUGUCGAAAUUGAUGGACAAAGUUAUUCCACCAGAUCUGAGAAAUGAAAUAUUCAUUUAUCUAGACGAUUUGCUGGUAAUUUCGGAGUCAUUUGACAAACACGUCUCAGUGUUGAGAGCUUUAGCCGAUAGGUUAACUCAAGCCGGACUCACCAUAAAUGUGGAGAAAAGCAAAUUCUGUCUGAAAGAGGUUAAAUAUUUAGGACAUGUUAUUGGUCAUGGUACAAUCCAAACGGAUCCCGAUAAAGUGGCAGCCAUUCGUGAGUUUCCUGUUCCGCGAUCGUGCAAGCAGGUGCGAAGGUUUUUAGGAACCACUGGGUGGUACCACAAGUUCAUAAAAAAUUAUGCAGAAAUUGCUGCUCCAAUUUCAGAUACCCUUAAGCAGCGAAAAUCAUUUACUUGGUCCGACGAAGCGCAAAAGGCUUUUGAGAAUUUGAAAGAGCAACUUUGUAUGGCCCCUGUACUCCAUAGUCCUGAUUUUGCUACACCAUUUGAGAUACAUUGUGAUGCCAGUCACUCAGGUGUUGGUGGAGUAUUGAUGCAGAAAGAUAAGGAUGGUAAUGACGUUCCAAUCGCAUUUAUGUCUCGUAAAUUGAAUCGAUGUCAGAGAAAUUAUUCAGUCACUGAGAAGGAGUGUUUGGCAGCGAUCAUGUGCGUAAAAAAAUUUCGAGCAUAUGUUGAAGGGCAUGAAUUUGCCAUUCAUACCGAUCAUGCUUCAUUGAAGUGGCUCAUGUCUCAAACAGACUUAAGCUCCAGAUUGGCUCGCUGGGCACUCAAGCUGCAAGGUUUUGCUUUUAAGAUCGUUCAUCGCAAAGGCAGCCAGAACAUUGUUCCCGACGCCUUAUCACGUGUGCACACUGAAGAUUUGUCAUCCUUAGGUGUGGAUACCUUGAUAGAUUUACAGUCUGAGCAGUUCGAGUCAAAAGAGUACCAAGAGCUUAAGGACAAAAUAAAAUCAAACCCGUCUCAGCUACCUGACGUUAAAGUCAUCGAUAAAUAUAUUUAUCGUCGUGCAGAGCACGCGUCCGGCGAUCAAGUCGCUGAUGAUUUGCACUGGAAGUUGUGGGUUCCAAAAGAUCUUGUGAUAGAGGUAUUAAAACAAAGUCAUGAGCCUCCUUUAGCGUCUCAUUGUGGAAUCAAUAAAAUGUUGGAAAAAAUUCGGCGAUAUUAUUAUUGGCCAAAUUUAGUGUGUGAUGUUAAGUCAUUUGUAAACGGUUGUGUGGUGUGCAAAUGUACCAAACAUCCCAAUCGUUCGUUACGCCCACCAUUAGCUCCAGUAAAAGAAACGCAGCGAAUAUUUCAAAAGAUUUUUAUUGAUUUCUUGGGACCCUAUCCUCGAAGUAAGUCCGGAAAUGUUGGUAUAUUCGUAGUGUUAGAUCAUUUGUCCAAAUACCCAUUUUUAAAACCUGUAAAAAAAUUCACCACUGAUGCUAUUAUUCGCUUCAUGGAAGAGGAUUUAUUUCAUUGUUUUGGUGUACCUGAAACCAUUGUAUCAGAUAACGGUGUCCAAUUUAAGUCACAUAAGUUCAAGGCUUUGCUCACCAAAUACAAUGUGCAACAUUUUUAUACGGCUGUACACGCUCCGCAAGCUAAUGCGUCAGAGCGCGUAAAUCGAUCAGUAAUUGCUGCAAUCAAGGCUUACGUUAGACCCGAUCAAACAAAUUGGGAUGAGCAACUUAGCCAUAUCAGUUGCGCAUUACGGUCCAGCAGACAUUCAGCAAUCAAUGACAGUCCCUAUCGUGUUGCUUUUGGACAACACAUGAUAGUUAAUGGUAAUACCUAUCCUCUUCUACGAAAUUUAGAACUUCUAGAAGACCGUACAGUUAGUUUUGAUCGAGAAGAUUCCUUUGAUAUAAUAAGGAAAACUGCACAACAGAGUAUACAACGGCAGCACGAACAAAACGAAAAACAGUACAAUCUUAGAAGUCGAGAAGUAGAUUUUAGAGUUGGUCAAGAAGUUUAUAGGCGUAAUUUUCAGCAGAGUAAUUUUGCAAAAGGCUUUAAUGCAAAACUGGCCCCAACUUUUGUAAAAUCUCGUAUUAAGCGUAAGCUUGGCAACAGUUAUUACGAGUUAGAAGAUACCCAAGGGCGAUUCAUUGGAAAAUAUCAUGCUAAAGAUAUAAAACAAUGAAUCGGGUAGCCAGGAAAUUCGUCCAAGCGAGUAUCACUCUUUGGAGUUAUGACCCCAAAGUGUGAUUUUGGCAGGGGGGAUUGUAGUGGUCGCUUGGACCGCCAACAUUUAUUUGGUGGGCCUAAAACCACUCCCAGCCGACCAGACAACAGCCGUAGCGAUCGCGUACACCUUUCGUAUCGUUACA